CUGUGCUUGCUUGCUUGUUUCUUGUGGAAAGGGCUUCUUGGGACUUUUCGACUGCAUUUCCAACGCACGAGCGAGCGAGGCAUGAUGCAUUUGCUGUGGUGGAGUUUACUGAGUGCUGCUGUGCUUGCGCAAGAGAACGAUCAAAGGGACAUUUUGGAUUAUGUUGAUCCGCUUAUUGGCACCAUCAAUGGAGGUCAUGUUUUCGCGGGCGCUUCCCUACCAUUCGGAAUGGCAAAAGCCGUGGCCGACGUAGACGGCGACAAUCAAGGCGGUUUCACAUCGGAUGAUUCUCCCAUCAAAGGAUUCUCGCACAUGCACGAUUCUGGCACAGGAGGAGCCUCAUCCCUAGGAAACUUCCCCAUUUGGCCUCAAAUCUGCCCAAACAACGACAUCACCAAGUGCAAAUACUCGUCGUACGAGCGACAGACUCUCCGCGAGGACGGUUCCGUAAAAGCGCAUCCAGGGUACUUCGCCAUAGGCUUGGACACGCAGAUACACGCCGAAGUGUCUGUCAGCAACCGCUCGGCUUUGUAUCGAUUCACGUUCCCGGAAUCGACAGCGCCGCCAUCGAAUGGUACGGACCCCACGUUCGCUAAUUCGACAGAAGCUGCCCCACAUAUCCUCGUGGACCUCAUUGAUCUGCCGAAUUCCCGCGACGUUGGCGCUGUAAAGGUUGAUCCUAAGAGUGGGAGGAUGACUGGUUGGGGGGUGUUCAGCCCUAGUUUCGGAGUGGGGAAUUACUCGAGCUACUUUUGUGCCGAUUUCUCAGGAGCCAACAUCAAGGCCAGUGGGAUUUGGAAACAAGGGUUUCCGGAGAAUGGUACUUCGUUGGACGCCGACUCUAGAGUUGAUGGAGGCGCGUGGCUGCAGUUCGAGAAGCCUGAGGAGAACCAGCAGAUAAUGGUCCGCGUGGGAUUGUCGUUCAUCAGUUCUGACCAAGCCUGUUCAAACGCCGAACGCGAGAUCCCGGACCCAAAGCUAUCGACUCUCGAGGAGUUGGUGAAGACUGCUCAGGACGCCUGGCGCGAGAAGCUCGAGGUUGUCAAAGUUGUUCCGGGUGGUGCUUCGGACAUGUUGUUGCGUGUGUUCUGGUCCGGUAUCUAUCGCACCAUGAUUUCACCGCAAGACUACACUGGAGAGAAUCCUCUGUGGGAAAGCGACGAGCCGUACUAUGAUAGUUAUUACUGCAUCUGGGACUCUUUUAGGAGCAUUCACCCGUUGCUUACGUUGUUGGAUCCGUAUAGUCAGACGCUGAUGAUUAGAACUCUGCUGGAUGUUUAUCGGCAUGAAGGGAAAUUGCCGGAUUGCAGGAUGAGUUUCUGUAAAGGCUACACACAAGGAGGUUCGAACGCAGACGUCGUACUCGUGGAUUCGUACCUCAAGGGCAUCGAUGCAGGUAUAGAUUGGGAUCUGGCAUAUGAAGCUAUGCUUUCAGACGCAGAAAUCGAACCACCAAAUUGGGAUGUCGAAGGCCGCGGCGGCCUCGCCUCCUGGAAAGAGCUCGGCUACAUCCCCAAAAACGACCUCGACGGCGUGGGCAAAGGUACAAAAACGCGUUCUAUCUCGCGGACCGUCGAAUACGCCUACAACGACUUCGUCAUCGCCACCUUCGCCCGCGAUCACCAACACGACGAAGCCGCGUACCAGAAAUAUCUCCAACGCUCGGGAAACUGGAAAAACCUCUUCAAACCAAACCAGACGUCCUUGCUCGUCGACGGCGAAGAUACAGGGUUUGUGGGGUUCUUGCAACCGAAACUUCCCGACGGCAGCUGGGACUUCCAAGAUCCCAUCUUCUGCAGCCCACUGCUCGAUUUCACGGGGUGCUACCUCAAUCCGUCUGGCGGAGAGACAUACGAAGGCCCUGUAUGGCUGUACACGUUCUUCGCGCCUGGCGAUAUGGCGACGCUGAUCCAGACGCUCGGGGGCGGCGAAACCUUUGUCAAGCGCCUCGAGUUCUUCCACGAUUCGGGAUUAUGCUACAUUGGCGACGAGCAGGCUUUCCUCAAAGUCUUCUUGUAUCACUACGCAGGACGGCCGGGCCUGAGCUCUAAACGCGCGCACAGCUACAUCCCCGCGCUCUUCAACGACACCGUGGGAGGCAUCCCCGGUAACGAUGACAGCGGCGCCAUGGGCUCGUUUGCUGCGCUCACCAUGAUGGGGAUUUUUCCAAACGCAGGGCAGGAUGUAUAUUUCAUCACCCCGCCCUUUUUCGAGUCGAUUUCCAUCACAAACGGCGCUACGGGGAAAACAGCGACGAUUCAGAACGUCAACUAUGACCCAGAGUUCAAGAAUAUUUAUAUUCAGGAGGCCAAGUUGAACGGACAGGCGUAUACGAAGAACUGGCUGACGCACGAUUUCUUUUUGGAAGGGGGAACGUUGGAGCUGACGCUGGGACCCGAGGAAAGCGAGUGGGGGGCUAAUGUUGAAGAUGUGCCGCCUAGUCUGGGUCCCUUUGGAGCGAAUGGUACAAGUGAGGUGGAGAGGAGGUGGUAUUCGUCGGAGAAGGCGCCUGAGCCGGCGAGGAUGGAGAUUGGAGUGAUGUAA